GUGUGUGUGUGUGUGUGUGGCUGUAAAUCUGCUAGUUGUGUGUUUGCUUUCCUGUGUCUACCAUUAACGCGUGCAUGGCAUGUUGGAUAUCAUUUCUGCCAACUCAGGAUAAUGGGGAUUUACUCGAAUUCACAAAUGUGCAGUUGAAGGUGAAAAGGAAACAACAAGCAACGAAGUAACCCAAGGGUGAAAUCUACAACUUGUAUAAAUAAACACCAGUAUACGCCCGCAAAGGCUUGAAGACACCCAUACGUUAUCGAAAACUCCUAAAACUAGAACACCCCUAAAGGAGAUCUCUCAUUAUGGGCAGACGUCGGAAACAUUUGGACAUUCAGGGUGGUUCCAAAAUAUACGACGAUGUCUCAGUUACGUUGUCGUCCCAGAAACCAGGGAAAGAAAAUCCCGCGUUCGAGAUGGACACCGUUGAUCGUCUGCAGGCUGCUGCUCUGAGUCGCACUGAGCCUUAUUCCUCUGGGUUCUCACAAAGUCUGAACGGUUCCCGGGUGAACAAAGCGUUCAUUCCGGACGAUAUCAGUUCAUCUUCCAGUAACCAAGUUUCUCGCCGUGUGGAGGGAGGACGUAUUGCUACAAUUUCUGGACCAGGACUCGAUGAGGCCAAUCUUCCACCUGUGACUUUUGACCAUGAGCUGGAUCAUGUCAGUACACAGGGGAGUGAGGAAAAAGUGGGCUUGAAAAGAACAAUGACCUUGCUGAACUGCUCGGCUAUUCUCAUUUCCGUCACAGGCCAUGUUGCUAUUUUUGUCUCUCCCGCCAAUGUGGCAAAGAAUGCAGGAUCUGUUGGAGCAUGUUUGGUGGUAUUUCUCGUGGUCGCCUUGAACUGCGCGUAUGUGAAGUAUGUCCAGCGUGUGCAGACCUUACUGAGCGCUUCGAAGAUCAUAGCCCUGGGAAUCGUCAUCGGAGCGGGAAUCUAUCAGCUGGCGUCUGGAGACACAGAUGCGAUUAACCGAAUGAACAAUAUGUUUGAAGGCACAAGUUCAGACCCAGGAGAGGUAGCACUGGCCUUGUUCUACACUGUCUUCUCAUAUGGAGGCUGGCAGAUUGUGACUUCACUUCUUGAGGAAGUUAAAAACCCAGGCAGGUCGGUAUGACCAUGAUAAUGAGCCCAUUUCAGUAUCUCAUGUUUGGCACCUUGAUUAAGCUUGCUGUUGUUCCACGCGAAGUUUACUUAUUAGUAAAACCAGCUUUCCUAUAACAGGCUAUAAGUUAGCGAAGCAUCCUGUAAAUAAUAUUAUAAUUUCUUCACUUUCGUCUAUCCGCAUUGAGAGAAUAUUCUAGCUCACUAAUUACUUUAAAUAUACCCACGAAACUUUGCGUGGCACUUUUGGAAGACCAGCAACCAACAUUUUUAAAAAAAUGUCUCGAUCCAGUUGUAAAAAGUGUUUCUAUUUGGGCCCUAUAUUAAAAAGCACCCUAUGUAUGCACACACAGGAUCACUAAAAUUAAGUAUUUACAGUAAGCUAACCUUGAAAUUGCUCAUUUGGAGUCAGCGACACUACCCUACACUCACAUUUCCGUGUAAGCUUGAAGAUUUUAUCCCACGGCUGUCAAGACAUCUCCACUUGAGCCACAAAAAGUACUCGCCCGUCUGUUGGAUUGUGUUCCUUUGGGUGCACGUAAAAAUGUGGGUGUUGGUGAAAAUACGUCAAGUUUUAAAAAUGUAGAUGCAUGUGUGCUGUAAAUCACCAUGUUAUUUUUUUUCAACCCACGACAGGCUAACAUCAAAUAAAACGUGUCGGAUCCUUUGUUUUCAGUUACCUUCAUGAAAAGGCUUUUAGUUUUAGACUCUGUUGGACACCCCGCUUUUAGACCCGAGUGCAAAGAUCUGAGAAAAUUAAAUCGAAGCAUUUGUUUUUAUUCAGUUUUAACCUCGUACGGCCGGAAGUAAACAGGGUUAAAUCAAGACUUCUGGUUUUAUUUUACUCUAUUCUCUACAGUAAAUGCUGGUUCUGUCGCUGUUGUU